UUGAGUCUGGUCGGCAACCCAACGAAACGAAGCUUCACACCUCCAACACACACUCACUGUCUCUCUCUCUCUUGUUUUUCUUUUCUUUAAACUUCCACUAUUGACUCACUUCACCAAACGCCUCUUUCACUCCCUUUUCACACACAAAAGUGGAUUUCUGUUAGGAAAAGUUUUGGUUUCGGUUGUUUUUAUGUGAACACGCUGUUUCUUCUCUGUACAUUUUGGUGAUUCCUUUGGCAGAAUUUUCGUUGCAGAGAUUAGAAGUUUUUUGACUGAGGGCUAGUGUUGAGCAAAGAGGAGGAAAAAUUUGUAUGCUGGAAAGGCUGUAAGUUAGCAAUGAUUACAGUUAUGGAUGCGGCAAAGGACUCGUUGAAGAAGAAUCCAACAACAGAAAGCUGUUUAGAUGCACAACUAUGGCAUGCCUGUGCUGGUGGUAUGGUUCAAAUGCCAUUAAUAAACUCUAAAGUGUUUUAUUUUCCUCAGGGUCACUUAGAACAUGCUAAAGGGAACAUAGAAUUUUCAAAUCUUAACCUCCCUGCGAUGAUCCCCUGUCGAGUAACUGCCAUAAAGUAUAUGGCAGAUACUGAAACUGAUGAGGUUUUUGCGAAAAUUAGGCUGAUUGCAGUAAAAAACAAUGGGUUGGAUGAUUUUGAGGAUGUGGGGUUUGAUGGAAAUGGAGGAAUUAAUGAGUGUAGUGAAAAGCCGGCGUCUUUUGCUAAGACUUUGACACAAUCUGAUGCAAACAAUGGUGGGGGGUUUUCUGUUCCUCGCUAUUGUGCUGAGACUAUAUUUCCAAGAUUGGAUUAUAGUGCAGAGCCUCCUGUUCAAACCAUUCUUGCAAAGGAUGUGCACGGUGAAGUUUGGAAGUUUAGGCAUAUUUAUAGAGGAACACCUCGUCGUCAUCUUCUGACGACAGGGUGGAGUAAUUUUGUAAACCAGAAGAAGCUCGUUGCUGGAGAUUCGAUUGUUUUUCUGAGAGCAGAAAAUGGGGAUCUCUGUGUGGGGAUUCGAAGGGCAAAAAAGGGAGGAAUUGGUGGUGGAUCUGACUAUUCUGUUGGGUGGAACUCAGGAGGUGGAAAUUGUGGCUUUCCUUUUGGGGGAUAUUCAGGUUAUAUGAGAGAGGAUGAGAAUAAAUUAAAGAGGAGAAAUUCUAAUGGUGAUUUGAGGGGGAAAGUGAGGGCUGAGUCUGUUGUUGAAGCUGCAACUCUUGCUGCUAAUGGACAACCCUUUGAGGUUGUUUACUACCCACGUGCAAGCACACCAGAGUUUGUUGUUAAGGCCUCAGCUGUGAGAGCUGCAAUGCAAAUUCAGUGGUGUUCUGGAAUGAGAUUUAAAAUGGCUUUUGAAACUGAGGAUUCAUCUCGGAUCAGCUGGUUUAUGGGAACCAUCUCUUCUGUUCAGGUUGCUGAUCCUGUUCGUUGGCCUAAUUCCCCAUGGCGGCUUCUGCAGGUAGCAUGGGAUGAGCCAGAUCUGCUCCAGAAUGUGAAGCGUGUUAGCCCAUGGUUGGUUGAACUGGUAUCAAACAUACCAGCUAUCCAUCUCUCUCCCUUCUCACCACCAAGAAAGAAAUUGCGGCUUCCUGAACACCCAGAUUUUUCUUUGAUGAACCAACUUCCAAUGCCAUCAUUUUCCAGAAACCUUCUCAUGACCAGCAGUCCGUUAAGUUGCAUUUCGGACAAUAUUCCUGCAGGCAUACAGGGAGCCAGGCAUGCUCAAUAUGGACUAUCUUCAGAUCUCCACUUCAACAAGCUGCAGUCAGGUCUGUUUCCAGUUGGUUUUCAGCAGCGUGAUCAUGUUGCACAACCUGCUAAAAUCUCCAGUGGCAAUUUUCUGAGUGACACCAGAAAUUCUGGGAAUAUGUCUUGCUUGCUGAGUAUGGGAAAUUCCACCCAGAGUUUUAAGGACAACAAUGAAAUAAAGACACCUCACAUCUUAUUGUUUGGUCAACUCAUUCUCCCUCAACAGCAUAGUUCUCAAAGCUGCUCUGGUGAUACUGUUGGAAACAGUUCAUCAGAUGGCAAUCCAGAGAAGACAGCAAUGUCUUCUGAUGGCUCUGGUUCAGCAGUUCAUCAGAAUGUUCCACUAGAAAACUCUUCCGAUGAAGGGUCUCCUUGGUGCAAAGAUCACCAGAAAUCUGAUCUUGGUUUGGAGACUGGCCAUUGCAAAGUGUUCAUGGAAUCAGAGGACGUAGGUCGAACCCUUGAUCUGUCCGUCCUUGGUUCAUAUGAAGAGCUUUAUGGAAAGUUAGCCAACAUGUUUGGCAUAGGAAGUGCUGAAAUGUUUAGCAAUGUGUUGUACCGGGAUGCAACAGGUUCUAUUAAACACACUGGGGAUGUACCCUUCGGUGAAUUUCUGAAGACAGCGAGAAGGCUAACUAUUCUUACAGAUUCAGGCAGUGACAAUGUAGGCAGAUAGAGAUGGAGGAUUUUUUGUCAAAUGUACAGUUUCGAAGUCCUUUGUUUUGACUUUCGCUUGUUAGUUUUUCUGUUUUGUUUCUCCUUUUUGGAGUUGUGGAGAAGUCCACUUCAUCCAAUUUUGGGAUAUUGUAGUUCGCGUUUGUUAAUACAGAUUCAACUUUGCCCUUGAUUUA